AUGAAGCUCUUCGGCAAGCGUUACCUGGGCCUCUCUGGCACCAAGCUCAACGUCGCUAUCGGCAUCAUAGCUGGUAUUGACUUUCUACUAUUCGGCUAUGACCAAGGGGUCAUGGGAGGACUGUUGACGCUGAAGCAAUUCACUUCUGUCUUUCCCGAAAUCGACACUACCGCAGAGGGGCUGAGAGGCCUUACUCCGAGUCAAGCAAACCACAGGUCCACUAUCCAGGGCAUCUCCAUCGCUUCGUACAAUCUUGGAUGUUUCUCUGGCGCCAUUGCCUGCAUCUGGAUAGGUGACUUACUCGGUCGGCGAAAAACGAUUUUCCUGGGUUCUUCAACCAUGAUAGUGGGCGCUAUCCUUCAAGCGAGCGCUUUCAGCUUACCGCAUUUCAUUGUCGGACGUAUCAUCACUGGCAUGGGGAAUGGAUUGAACACUUCUACCGUCCCUACAUGGCAAUCAGAAUGCUCAAAGUCGCACCGGAGAGGCCAACUGGUCAUGGUUGAAGGCGCCCUGAUCACUGGUGGAAUCUGCAUAUCAUAUUGGAUCGAUUUCGCUUGCUCGUUCAUCGACAGUCAGGCGUCCUGGCGAUUUCCAAUCGCCUUUCAGAUCGUCUUUGCUCUAAUUAUCCUGGCGUUCAUUCUUGAGCUACCCGAGUCUCCAAGCAGAUGGCUGAUCCUGAAGGGCCAGGAAGACGAAGCUCUUCAAGUUCUCGCAACACUCUCUGAUAAGUCCAGUGAUGACAAGUACAUUCGCUCGGAAUUCGCAGCCAUCAAAGAUACCGUCCUCGAACAAGAAAAGGCCACUUUCCGUGACUUGUUUACCAUGGACGAAAAUCGACAUUUUCACCGGGUGCUUCUCGCAUAUGCCAACCAAGUCAUGCAACAGAUCAGCGGCAUCAACCUAAUAACCUAUUAUGCAGCUACUAUCUACCAGAAUGAGAUCGGGCUUUCGGGUUUCAUCUCUCGCAUUCUCGCAGCUUGCAAUGGCACCGAGUAUUUCCUGGCCUCUUGGAUAGCUGUCUUUAUCAUCGAGAAGGUUGGACGCCGGAAGCUCAUGAUUUUUGGCGCUAUCGGCCAGUCAGCUUCAAUGAUCAUCCUUGCGGUGAUGACCAAGAUUGGUGGUACGGGUCCUGGAUGGGUGGCUGCCGUGUUCUUGUUCAUCUUCAACUCGUUCUUUGCAAUCGGAUGGCUUGGAAUGACUUGGUUGUACCCCGCCGAGAUCGUGCCUCUCAAGAUCCGGGCUCCCAGCAACGCCUUGUCAACUAGUGCCAAUUGGAUCUUCAACUUUAUGGUCGUGAUGAUCACGCCAGUCAGCUUUAGUUCCAUCAAGUGGAAGACUUACCUCAUCUUCGCGGUCAUCAACGCAGCAAUGAUCCCGGUGGUCUACUUCUUCUAUCCCGAAACGGCCAUGCGCAGUUUGGAGGAAAUGGAUGGAAUCUUCCACAAGACGAAGAAUAUCUUCACCGUGGUUUGGACAGCGAAACAUGAACCUCAUCGUUAUGGCAAGCAUGGCGAGGUUCUGAUUGACUACGAAGAGACCGGUGAACAUCAACGACGAGUGAGCCAGGCAGAGCGACGAGGAAGCGUUAUGAGCCGCGGAAGUGCGACUGAGUAUGGGUCAGAAAAGGUCGCGGGCGCUCUAAAGGAGGACGAUCGUUGA